UUUUCCUCCAGUGCUAUGACAGGCAAACUACUGGAGAAGCUGCCGGGGACCAUGAACACUUUGAUGAACCAAUUGCCUGACAAUCUGUACCCAGAGGAGAUCCCCAACUCUUUGAAUAUCUUCAGCAGCAGCGACUCGGUGGCUCACUACAACCAGAUGGCUGCAGAUAAUGUUAUGGACAUUGGCUUAGCGAACGAAAAGGCCGGUCAGGAACUGUCCUCCUAUUCGGGGACUUUUCAACCCGCCCCGGGCAACAAGACUGUCACCUACCUGGGGAAAUUCGCUUUUGACUCGCCCUCCAACUGGUGCCAGGACAACAUCAUCAGCCUGAUGAGCGCGGGCAUCCUGGGGGUGCCGCCGUCCUCGGGCGCGCUCACCAGCACGCAGAGCUCGGCGGGCAGCAUGGGACCGCCGCAGGGCGAGGUGGACCAGAUGUACCCCGCGCUGCCGCCCUACUCCUCCUGCAGUGACCUCUACCCGGAGCCCGUCUCCUUCCACGACCCCCAGAACAACCCCGGCCUCACCUACUCCCCCCAGGAUUACCAGGCGGCCAAGCCCGCCUUGGACAGCAACCUCUUCCCCAUGAUCCCAGACUAUAACCUCUACCACCACCCCAACGACAUGGGCACCAUCACGGAGCACAAACCCUUCCAGAGCUUGGACCCCAUCCGCGUCAACCCACCCCCCAUCACCCCGCUGGAGACCAUCAAGGCCUUCAAGGACAAGCAGAUCCACCCAGGUUUCGGGGGGCUGCCCCUAAUUCUUAAACAGUUAUUCAGCAGUGUCAAAUGUGUAACAGAAAUCUCAGAGUACCUACAGCUAAUUUUAUCAAUGAAACACACACACCUGUAA